AUGGCUGCAUCAGGUAACCCCGAUUUAUUGGCACUAGACAUAACCACCUCUUCAGGUCCCAAACCUGCAUCGCUGCCUCUGGAGUCACAUCGUUCAUUGCUCACCUUCAGCGAUUAUCUCGCGCCAUGGUUCUCUAUUGAUGGAAAGGAUUUCGUGCCACCUCGAGAGCUGCCGUUUGAGCAGUUUGGCUCUCUGUCCGAUGCCGUCUUAUCACGUCUCCAAGAGGCAUUGAUAGAGGCACGCAGUAUGUCUGAGGACCUUGGAAUCAAGUUAGUCUCUUCUGCGACUACGCCAGAGGAGGAACUUGCUGGCGCGCGCGAUUAUAAGUAUCAAAGAGGUCGAGCGGACUGUCUAUUUGUGGCGUAUCAACGCCUGCCCUCUGUACCCAUGACCUCUUUCGAUGCUCUGCUGUGGUUCCGCGAGUUCCAACGUGUUCUUCUCGACAUGCGGGCUUGGGUCAUCUACAAACAGGAGAUCCAGUCCCGCCUCUUUGAUCCUGAUUUUGACAGUCCCACACCAGUGCUCCCCCUCCGCAGUGUCAUAACAAAACAUUUCAGUGUUGUUAACCGACUAAUCCGUUGUGGUAUCCCAGUCUGGUGGAUACGGGAGCGAGAGACCCUCACCACAGACACCUUAAUUCGAGUAUUGAUCAGCCGUGCCGCUUUGGGAGCAGGCGCCCUAGCACAACAUUUUCAGCCAAAAGAACAUACAUGCACAAUUGCGUGGGUUCAGCCUUACGAGUUGGCCUACCUUCCUACAGAUAAGAUUGGGAAUCGGCGGGGUGAAGUGCCAUCAAGCAAGGCGCCGGGCUGCUCUGCUCUUGCUGCUGUGAAUCAUACAGAACAGGUUCACUACACACUUAAGCAAAUCAUUGCGGUCUCCACGGAGCUCUACGGGGUUGAUUUCUCUAACCUUGAUAGCGACAUGGUUCUGAUGCAGUCCAUGCAAAGCAUGGGCUUUGACAUGGCUAAAAUCACUGAUCUGCUCAACUCUGUGCAGUUUCAGCACCAUCCUCCGUUAGGGAAAGCUCUUUUAGUAAUGCCUUCCAACAGAUUUUCCGUCCACGCCCCCGCUCACCUCAUGAUAUUCAUGAAAACGAAGGACUGGCGGGUGGCUCUCGAAGGGAGGUAUCACAUGGUGAAUUUCGACCAUUGCUCUGUGAAACCCCUGUCUUCGCUCGCUGAUAUCAUUCGCUUACCUGUCGCGCCUCCACCAAACAAGAAGGCUCGCAUUGGCAAUGAUCCAAAUGUACCCAAAGCACAGCGAAAUCCGAACAUGAAAGCCCAACGGCACAUCAUCGAGUGCGUGGACAUCAAUGUCCGUUUCUUUGUCUAUGGCGGCUUCAAACCUUAUGAUUCUGCUCAGAGUUACCGCCGGGGAAGCCUUGUCGUUGAUCGUGAGAAGGCAGAUACUGACAAGGGAUUGUGGGCAGAAGUCAUAUGGGAGCUUUCUCUCAUGAACUUCCGGCUCAAACUUUUGGAGUUGGACCGAGAACUCCUCAAGUCAAUCUAUGAAGACUCAAAUGUGAAAGCAGCUCAUCGGGAAUGGCGCAUCUUCCAGAUCUGGGGCGGAGGCGGAGUACAGCCUAUGUGGGAGAAGCAUGGCAAUUGCGAUUUAUUCAGUUCUCGGGACUGGCAAGUGCGUCGAUGGGCAGUCGAGAGCGUGGCCACCGCCUUGCGUGAUUGGCCCGGUGGCACGUUCGCAUCCAGAUGGGACGAAUGCUGUUUCGACGAUCGUGACACAUACCUCAAGUUUGAACAUGAUAUCUUCAGCUUCUACAUAGCCACGUAUCGCCAUCGCCACGGAAGGCUUCCGACUAUCCCUGUCAUCCAGCCCAAAUCCAUGAUUUCCCUCCACGGGCAGCGUCAAGGGGAGUACAAGAAAGGAUCACUCGGACAUGUCGCAGUCCGGCAACCCAGCCAGAUAUAUGAUUCUCCCACAGUAGUGAGACGGCGUCUAGCGCUGCUGCUCUGA